AUGGCUAAGUUAACCCCUGCUAAAUUUCUGGCAGACCUAUCUGCCGCCAGCGAGAGCUCUAUUUAUUACACAACAGAGGCCAAGUCCAUCAGCUCUGGAUUCUCCAGUGCCUUGGGUGGUUCAGACAAUCUCCCAGGCACGCAGCUAUUGAAGUCAGCCGAUCCUUUUGCGACUGUCGUGGAAGGCCUAACCAAGGAACGCAUCACUACUGUCUUUACUGACGAAGCUACACUCCUCAGCGCACUCCCCCACUUGUAUUCGCUGAAAGGCUAUCCAGUUGUGGUCAAUAUUGAACUGGCGCUCAACGAGUACUCUGCGGCUCCUCUUCUCAAAGAUCUAUCGUACGUGACAUUAAUCUCUAACACGAGUGAUAACCUCUCCAGGCAUGCUGUGGCUGCCACUAGGAUCGCUUCCGAGACCUUGCAGCCUGUACUUCAUUUUGUGAACUUAGCAUGUGUCGGAGAGAUAGCUCCUGUUAAAUUAACCCCAUUCGAAGUGGCGCAAGAGCCAUCUGAAGGAGACGCCGUAUACGAAACACUCAAAAAGUCAUCGUAUCACUGCAGCGCUGAGUCACCCUCCACUCUAAUUAUCAACCUCUCACCUUAUGGUGAGAGUUUUGUUCGAGAAUUGCCCUCGAACGCUGCCUUAAUUGACAUACAGGUUUACAGACCUUGGAAUUUCAACGAGUUUUUCGAGCAGGUGCCUACCUCAGUUCAAAAUAUUGCAAUUAUUCAAAGAACCAACAACCCUCUAUCACCUAGCGGGUUCGAGCCUAUCUUGCUCGAUUUCUUUGCAGACUUCAACUUACUAGUUGAAAGAGGUAUCCAACAACUGAUUGUAACCAAUAUUGGUGAGUUGAAAGAAACUGCUCGUGCUUUGCAAGAGGUGGUACAGAAUGUUACCAGUACAAACCCAGACCACGCUCUCUUCAUCGGCCAAAGCGCCUCAAAUACUGCCGAGGUUGAGCACCUGCAGUCUUCUAUUCAAAAGGUUUUCUCCCUGGAAGAUGCGUAUCUCAAGGUCCUGAAACAACUUUUCUCGGAUAAUCUUCAGAUUCUGAACAACUACAGCGAUUCAAGUAUCAACGCUUCAAGCCCAGAAUACGGCUAUGGUCUUUUUGUGAGCCAAGAAAAGAAGAGACAAGAGCUGGUAUCCAUUGUCCGCAAAUCCUUGGACACAGCUUCUUUUAAUAGCUCCGAGGGGGUGAAAAUCGUGGAACUGCUUUCUAAGUGGCUGCGCUUCAAUGAGCAACCUUUGAAGGAAGCUUCUCUGGAAGAAGCCAACAAAGUUGCUGUUGAAUUGUACGACCUCCUAGAGCGGAAUCAAGACUCCAGAAAUGCCCUAAACAUUUUGGAAAAUGCGAAAUCCGUCGAAAGCUUUAAAUUCACGUCAUCGUGGCUAAUUGGAUCCGAUGCCUGGUCAUAUGACUUGGGAAGCUCAGGCGUCCAUCACGUAUUGGCGUCCAAAAAAGAUAUAAACGUGUUACUAAUCGACUCAGAACCUCAUGAGCAGGUCAAAAAUUCUACUUCGAAAUUGAGAAAAAAGGAUGUUGGUCUCUAUGCUAUGAAUUUUGGCGAAGCUUAUGUUGCGUCGGUAGCCGUAUACUCUUCCUACACGCAGCUGUUGACAUCUCUUAUAGAGGCUUCUAAAUUUAAGGGUCCUUCUAUUGUACUGGCAUAUCUUCCUUAUUCAUCAGAGAAUAGUUCUCCAUUGGAAGUUUUGAAAGAGACAAAGAGCGCAGUUGAGUCAGGAUAUUGGCCUCUUUACAGAUACGACCCUAGGGAAGAUGACCCAGAGGACGCUUUCAAGUUAGAAUCAUCUGUCAUAAAAAGACAACUCCAACAAUUCCUCGAAAGAGAGAACAAGUUAAGCCUUUUGACAAAAAAAAACCCUGACCUCGCUAGGAAUUUGAAACAAUCCGCGAGUGGUGGAAUUGAGGCCAAACAACAAAGAAGAGCGAAGGCUGCAUAUGAAGCACUGUUGGAAGGGCUAUCUGGACCUCCUCUGCACAUCUACUACGCUUCGGACGGCGGAAAUGCUGCUAAUCUCGCUAAGAGACUCGCAACGAGAGCAGCUGCUAGAGGCUUAAAAGCUUCAGCUCUAUCAAUGGACGAUAUCGACUUUGAAACUUUCCCAGACGAGGAGAAUGUGAUAUUUGUCACCUCUACCGCUGGCCAAGGUGAAUUCCCUCAAGAUGGAAAAGCUUUUUGGGAUACGUUAAAAGCUUCUCUGGAUAUCGACUUGGCUUCUCUAAACUUUUCUGUUUUUGGCCUAGGUGACUCUCUCUACUGGCCACGAAAGGAGGACAAGCAUUACUAUAACAAGCCUUCUAAAGACCUUUAUGCCAAGCUUGAAUUACUUUCAGCCAAACCUCUGGUUCCUUUGGGCCUAGGCGACGAUCAGGACGCUGACGGUUACCAAACUGGCUACAAGGAAUGGGAAGUCAGACUUUGGGAGGCAUUGGGCGUAUCUGGCGCAGCCGUUCCAGAUGAACCAAAGCCGAUCACUAACGAAGAUAUCAAAAUCGAGUCCAACUUCUUGAGAGGAACUAUUGUGGAGGGGUUGGCUGACGACUCAACUGGCGCGAUAUCUGCGUCUGAUCAACAGCUAACAAAAUUCCAUGGUAUUUACAUGCAAGAUGAUCGUGAUAUUAGAGAUACAAGAAAGGCCCAAGGGUUGGAACCCUACUAUAUUUUUAUGAGCAGAAUAAGACUUCCCGGAGGGAAGGCUACUCCUGAACAGUGGCUUGUUCUCGACCAUCUCGCAGACAAGACCGGCAAUGGCACCGUAAAAGUGACUACAAGGGCAACCUUCCAACUUCAUGGUGUAGUUAAGAGAAAUUUAAAACACACUAUUAGGGCUAUGAACUCUACUCUCAUGGAUACAUUGGCUGCAUGCGGUGAUGUGAAUAGAAAUGUCAUGCUUUCGGCUCUUCCUGUGAAUGCCAAGGUUCACAAACAAGUUUCUGAUAUCUCGGCUAAAAUUUCCGAGCAUUUGCUACCGCAGACUACUGCGUACCAUGAAAUCUGGCUGGAAGGUGCUGAUGAGAAAGAUGAAAGCCCAAAUUGGCCUUCUAUUUUUGAAAAUAGACAGGAAGGUCCAAUAAAGAAGAAAACGCUCGUUAGUGGGAACGCGCUCGUUGACCAAGAGCCCUUAUAUGGGCCAACAUAUCUACCCAGAAAGUUCAAAGUCAAUGUGACGGUUCCGCCUUUCAAUGAUGUCGAUGUUUGGUCGAGCGACGUGGGACUAAUCGCUAUCGUUGACGAAAAAACUCAGGUUGUUAAAGGUUUUAACUUAUACGUUGGUGGCGGUAUGGGUACCACCCAUAACAACAAAAAGACAUACCCAAGGACUGGAUCUUCUUUUGGCUUCGUGAAAGCCGAAGACGUUCACAUAGCCAUUGAAAAAGUGAUGAUUGUUCAAAGGGAUAACGGUGAUCGUCAAAACCGUAAACACGCACGUUUAAAGUAUACAAUUGAUGACAUGGGUGUUGAAGUUUACAAACAAAAGGUUGAGGAGCUCUGGGGCAAAAAGUUUGAGCCAGAACAGCCCUAUGAGAUCAAGUCUAACAUUGAUUACUUUGGCUGGGUUAGGGAUGAGACUGGGAUGAACCACUUUACCAUCUUUAUCGAAAAUGGAAGGAUCGAGGACACUGUUGAUUUGCCUCAAAAGACCGGUUUGAAAAAGGUGGCAUUACACAUGCAAAAGACCAACAGCGGCCACUUCCGUUUAACAGGAAAUCAGCACGUUGUUAUAAGCGAUAUUAAGGAUGAGAAUCUUGAGGAUAUAAAGCUUUUACUCAAGAAGUACAAGCUCGACAACACUUCAUUUAGUGGCUUAAGGCUUUCUUCCGCGGCGUGUGUUGCUCUGCCAACGUGCGGUCUUGCCAUGGCAGAGUCCGAGCGUUACCUCCCCGUUUUGAUUGCUAAACUCGAAGACGCUUUAGAGCAGUAUGGAUUGCGCCAUGAUUCUAUCGUGAUGAGAAUGACAGGGUGUCCUAACGGAUGCGCUCGUCCAUGGCUAGCUGAGGUUGCUUGCGUUGGUAAAGCCCCAGGAACGUACAACCUAAUGCUGGGUGGCGGUUAUUAUGGGCAAAGACUAAACAAGCUUUACAGAGCCUCUAUCAAGGAAGAAGAAAUAUUGGGAAUUUUGAAACCUUUAUUCAAGAAAUGGUCUCUAGAGAGAGGGGAAGGCGAACACUUUGGAGAUUAUUUGAUUAGAACAGGCGUUAUCAAACCCACUCUGGAAGGCAAGUAUUUCCACGAUGAUGUCUCCGAAGAUGCUCUGUAG